GCCACGCCUCCCGGGCUUGGUUCAAGUCCCCGUCCCAGUCUUCUGUGCAGAGUUCUGAUACCGUGCUGGUCUGGCUACCAGGUCCAGCCACAUCCCCUCAAGAGGAAAGCCGAAACUCCGCCAGCUACCGGAAGCUGCGACCACCUCUCUGUACGCACCCUCUCUUCCCCGCGCUUCUUAGGGCUCCCACAGGGCGAGUCCCGGAGUUCCUUUAGACGGAAGCGGAAGUGCGUGUCAACGGGAUCAUGGCGACUUUUGCCGACUUGCCCGACUCGGUCCUGCUGGAGAUCUUCUCUUACCUCCCGGUCCGGGAUCGGAUCCGAAUCUCCAGGGUCUGUCACCACUGGAAGAAGCUGGUGGACGACCGGUGGCUGUGGCGACACGUCGACCUGACGCUCUACACGAUGCGGCCCAAAGUCAUGUGGCACCUUCUCCGCCGGUACAUGGCAUCCAGGCUCCAUUCCCUGCGGAUGGGCGGCUACCUGUUCUCAGGCUCCCAGGCUCCCCAGCUGUCCCCUGCCCUGAUGAGGGCCCUGGGUCAGAAGUGCCCCAACCUCCAGCGCCUCUGCCUGCACGUGGCCAACCUGAGCAUGGUGCCCAUCGCCAGCCUGCCCUGCACCCUGCGGACCCUGGAGCUGCACAGCUGUGAGAUCUCCAUGGCCUGGCUCCAUAAAGAGCAGGACCCCACGGUGCUGCCCCUGCUCGAGCGCAUCGUGCUGGACCGCGUCCCUGCCUUCCGCGACGAGCACCUGCAGGGCCUCACGCGCUUCCGCGCCCUGCGCUCGCUGGUGCUGGGCGGUACUUACCGGGUGACCGAGACCGGGCUGGAUAUGGGCCUGCAGGAGCUGAACUACCUGCAGAGGCUGGAGGUGCUGGGCUGUACCCUCUCGGCCGACAGCACCCUCCUGGCCAUCAGCCGCCACCUCCGAGACGUGCGGAAGAUCCGGCUGACCGUACGGGGCCUCUCGGCCCCUGGCCUGUCUGUCCUGGAGGGCAUGCCAGCCCUGGAGAGUCUGUGCCUGCUGGGGCCGCUUGUUACCCCGGAAAUGCCUUCCCCGCAGGAGAUCCUCGCCUCCUGCCUCACCAUGCCCAAGCUCAGGGUCCUUGAGCUGCAGGGGCUGGGCUGGGAGGGUCAGGAGGCAGAAAGAAUCCUGUCUAAGGGGCUACCCCACUGUGUGGUCAUUGUCAGGGCUUUGCCCAAAGAGUCCAUGGACUGGUGGAUGUGACUGCACCCCCAACCCCCGACCCAGGGACCCCCCUCUUAACUUUCAUUAAUGAGAUCCAGACCCUCUGGGCAGCACCUUGCCAGAAGGCAAGUAAUCAGGUUGAAGCGACCUGAAGACCACGGGUAGAGAGAACCCAGGCCUUGGCAUCUUCAGGUGAUCGGAAUCGUGGUUCACCAGCUGUAUGGCCUCUGUGACAUGAGCCAGCCUCUCGGAGGCCCUAUCCUCACAUCUGGAAAUGAAGAAGACCACAGCUACCUCAUGGUUACCUUGCAGAGCCUUAAUGUUUACCACCCCCGGGCCCACCAAAGGCCCUCCAUGAAGAGCUGUUCUCAGGAACAGGACGGUGUGGAAGGGCAGAUUAGGAGUUAGGGAGACCUGAGGGGCUGAGACCCCUUAGGAAGCCUGGAAGGGCUAUCUGUGCAUGCACACCUGCACACUAACAUGUCAUUGACACGCAGACACACCACUGACAGACCUACAUGCACACAGGAGACAUGGAAAGGAGGGCAGAUACAACUCACGCUUUGAUGAUCAAAAUGUUAGUAAAGAUUCGAAGCUGUCCUUUCUGUGUUUUGUAUUCUGGAUUUUCCCAAUUUUCCAUAGUGUGAUUUUGCUAUUAAAGACAAUCAUUUUUUAA